UACUCUCUUCCGCUCUUGCAAAUUCAAGCUACUGCUCAAGACGCUUCAGGAUAAAUUGAGGUCCGCAAAACAUGUUUCAGAGGCCAACGGGUUUGCGAGGGAGGCGAUAGAGUCUAACAUUUCUUUCUUGUGGAAGUCUCUCUUCGUUGACACUGCUGAGUCUCUCUCUGUGACAACCCUAGACGACCUAUUUCAGCCUAUUCUUGUUGGUAAAUACAGGCCAAGCGAGAUAGUGAGGCUGCCCACACCUUCUCCUUAUAUUCUAGGGAAUGAUUUUGCAAUGCAGGAGCUGAAAGAGGAGGUUUUGCGACUAGGUGUUGAUCUCUCGCUACAUGUGGCUGAAAUAAUGUUCUUGCUCUGUGAUGACCUUCGUACUAUGGUAGCAUUCUGCUAUCAGUUAUCGAUGUAUGAUGGCAGAAGGGACCUGAAACCUGAUAGCCCCGUGGGGGAAAGGCUAUUUCGUGUUACUCGUGAUGUCUACUCAAAACAUAUCAUACCAAAGAAUCUAUUGUAUUACAAAGGUGGCCAGUCGGUCCACUGCAGACUGAUGAUGACGACUUGGGAGACUUUGAGUGUGGGAAUAAGAGAUCUGGACCUCCUUGUUAAGAAUCUCAGAACUGAAAAAGGGUUUUGGUAUGGCCGCGAGUCCACGCGGGUCAUUGAAGAAUCGCUGAAGAAGGUAGAGGAGCAGUUGAGUUCUACCAAGGAUGCUUCAGAGGCGCACGGGUUUGCUAGGGAUGCAAUGGAGUCCAGCAUUUUCGAUUUGUGGAAGUCGCUCUUUGACAAAGAAACCCAGGUACCAUCAUGUGCUCUGGAACGAGAGCAGGGACCCGCAUUAGCUAUCAGCCUAAACUAAUGGAACUUCCAAGAUGCUUAGUAUUGAAUAUGCUUAUAAUGAAAUCUGGUUCGAAUCUAGUAGGAUAUAAUAUCUCUAGUCAUGUGUGGCAAAAUCUGUUGAGAUUUUGGGAAGACUAGCUACUAUAUGUUGUUUUCUUGUCCCUUUCUUUAUGACAUCUUUAUGCUGCUUCUGAAUGUUUAAAUGACAUAAGUUUACUACUGAUCUUAACUAUCUUCAAUAGUUUUUUUGCUUGCGAGUGUCC